CAGUCUUUCAUUUCAGAUGAGACAAGAGUGUCUCAGUUGACGGAUCAGAAGAGCUUAGCUGUAGAAGUUCAAAACAUUACGUCGUUUUCUCGUUAUUAGUAAUGUAGUGAAACCUUAAUUAAUUUCCCCAGUAUUAUUUCUUAUUAACUAAGGAUGACGUCUUUACUAAAGAACCAAAUUAUUAAGCAUUUGUCCAAGUUCGUCAAGAAUUUGUCGCCCGAUAAAAUAAACCUUAGUACCCUAAAAGGAGAAGGUGAGCUCACUAAUCUUGAAUUGGAUGAGAAAGUGUUGACCAGUUUGUUGGAGCUGCCGAGCUGGUUAACCUUGGACCGAGCAUGGUGCAAUCGUGUUUCCAUCAGAAUACCUUGGACAAAACUUAAAAGUGUCCCCAUAUGCUUGAGUCUAGAUGAGGUUCAUGUGUCUAUGGGAACUUGUUCUGAAUUGCGUCAGCCCUCCGCUAACCUAAAACCUCCAACUUAUGCAGCUGGUUGGAAAUAUGGGUUUUCAGACAAAGUUGUUGAUGGAGUUACAUUGAGUGUCAACUCAUUGAUUAUAAAUUUCAAAAGCCCAGCAUUUGAAGCUUCCUUGCAAUUUUCCCGUAUUCUACUAGAGUCAGCGUCUCCUACUUGGCAACACGGAGAUUUGCGAUUUUCUCGGUUGAAGGAUACCGACCUAGGCUUGAUUUUGUUGUUUAAGGAAUUGCAAUGGCAGACUCUUCGGUUGGAAGCACGGUCGACGACUGGUGACCUCUCCUUACCCCCUCUUCGUUUGAUAACGAAUCAGUCAAAGUGCCGAAUUACAAUCAAAAAGCGCCUUUUAGAUUGUGCUGUCAUUGGCUGUCGUCUUGUGUUAAUCAUGGAUGAACUACUUUGGGUGCUUACGGACGCACAGCUAAGCGCUGCCGUUCUCUUUCUGCAAUCCCUCUCUUCCUUGAUUGAACAGGAUACUUUGGUGAAUCAAAGAUUUAAGGCUGCAAGGAAAUUGGAGACACUUCCAGAGUACCAUGCGCAGCAGCAACAGCAGCAGCAGCACCGCUCUGGUGCGCCUGGUACCACCCAUAAAUCUCCAAGUCCACUCGGCCGAGUUUUUGCUCGUUAUGACGUGCUGGAAACCUCGUAUCACUUUUUCUCAGAGAAGAUCGAUUUCCAUUUUUGCGAUGAUCCCGGAGAGGGCAGAAGCAGCCACCCAGAGCUAAAAGACGGUGGAGCCCUUCAGGUUACACUCAGUCAACUUCAGCUCGAUUUUUACCCAUAUCACUGGGCAGCAGCGGAAGCGGGUAGCCACCGUAAACAUUGGGUUGGCUACGAAGAAGGCCCGCUGUCUCGAUGGGUUGAACAAGGGAUCGAUCAGUUCACGAAGCAACUGCUACACAUGGAUUCGCCUUCACACAACAAGCUGACCCGGAGUUUCGCCAACGACGGACCUUCAUCGCCAGUUCCAAAUCCUAGUCCCAAAAUAACGACAAGCACGUCGCUGUUGCACGGAUCCAUCCUCAAUCAUUUACGACAGCUUAUGAGCACUUGCUUAAUCCUGAGGUUGGGCGAUUUUCUCGUCUAUCGAGUGACUACCGCCAAGAGUCGUCAGACGCCUAAAGAAUUUAUUGUUGCCUACCAUUUAGUUCAGGAAAAGAAGCGAUGGAAAUUGGCAGGGGAUCGAGGCCGAUUUCCUUUGCCGGAUAGUACGCCCAUUGUUCACAUGGAGUUUACGCAAUUCUAUUAUCCUGGCGACAUGGAAUUCCCUCUUCCACAGCCCAAAUGUUUUGUCCAACUUAAUCCACUCCAGGUCAAUUUUGAUGGAUUGACGAUAUUGUGGUUACAUACGUUCAUCCGCGGGUUAGAAAAGACUUUGAAUUCCUGUGCGCCUUCAACUGGCGCGUCAGAGUCCGAGAGCAAAUCCUCUUCAGGCCCAGUUCCGCAACUAGAAAUUCGCUUGGAAGCCCUGAUGCCUAGAAUGAUAUUUGAGCUACCAGGAUGGGAACGUCCACGAUCGCUGCAGUUACAAGUGUCACGACUGGUCUGCUCCAAUUACCGUUCAAUAGAUAAUGGUUCGCGUGCAGAUUUGGCCGCUUGUCUAGAGAAAAUACAAGGAGGUUCAUCUGAGUGCGGUGGAGGGCUAUGCUUUGCGUCCGCUUUUCCAGCGAGAGACGACGAUUUAUCACCAAUCAGCGAGACCCUACUAAAACACGCCACUCAAGUACAACCAACAAACACAUCGGUUGGAUGGAAACGAGAUUUGCUCUGGACCAAAGAAACGUCUCAGAUCUGGUUCAUUCAUCUCGAUCCGUUCUGGGCCGAUUUCUUUGCCGCCAGCGGUCAACUAUCAAAAUCGAAACCUUUGCCUUUCAUCGGAACUGUCCCCAUAACAAUUUGGAUGCAACCGGAUUCAGAGAGGAUUUCCGGGCUCUUGAACAUCAGCAGUCUUGUGAGUGUGCAACUAGAUCGCGCUGAGUAUGUUUUUCUGUUGCGGGUCAUGGAGGGCUUGUCAGAGACGACCGCGUUCUUGAAUCACCAAGAAAAGAAAUUCAGUUCCGGGGAUUCAUCUCAAUCGAUGGUUAUCGGUGCGGUCAUUCCACAAGUUGACGUUUCCAUUCUGUUCCCACCUCAGGCUGCAACAGCCUUGCAGGGCACGGAUGAUGCUGAUUCACCAAUGGGAGACACGGAAUCGAUCUAUCCUGAUACAUCCAGUAUGACUGACCUGGCCCAACUCGGUCGUUCCAUGCAGGGAUUGAAGCUUCGUAAUUCGCAUUCUGAAUACGCCGUCUCGCAACCGACCGAACCGACCGACAUAUGUAGUGUCAACAGUCUGUCAGAGGGAGUCACCCUCGUCAAAUCGCAAAGUGAUAGUAUGAUUGAAAUGUCUGCAAGCAGUGAUGGGCCAACUGGUCAUGAAGAUCUAAAACUAAGUGGACAAGUUCCAGCCACGUCGCAAAGGUUUGUGACAUUUGCCGAUCGCAAGCAACCACCGCAGCAGAUGGGAUUUAGUUCCAUUACAAAAGGUCUACACAACUUUAUGUCUAGCAUGGAUGCAGCCCUAAAACAUUCGACUCAUAUUCCAGAUGAUGCCAGCGAUUGCUAUUCCAUCCGAAGCGAGGGUAGUUCGGAUAGCAGCGAUAACUUUAUUGUGUUGCAGGCAGAACAUGGUGACAAUCAUCACGACGUUCUGGGCGUGUUUAAACCCAAAGCUUCGUCAACAAUUGAUGUUUCUGCCGAUCCUUUAAGCGAUGUUGCCGCGGAAGAUCUCGACGAAGUAGCCGUCGAAGUUUGCGAGGACACUCCGACCACCAGCGAUCAUUCUUCGGCUGGUGGCCCACCUACGAUGGCGUCAUUUGUAUCCCCGCGUAAUCGAGAGGUUGCAGUCGUGACAAUGCACAUUAACGACCUCGAGUUCAUUCAACAGUCGGUUGGCUCGACUUCUUCCCUUCGCCUGCAGGCCGGCCAUCUCUCGUGCAACGAAUGCACGGCCAUUUCCCACGAGGAAUUCCAAUCAAAGUUUGCGUCGAGAAGUCGGGGUUGGCGAGAAGUUGAAGUUGAUGCAGGCCGACAACCCGGGGUGACUGUGCUUCCGCUUAGAGUACGAAUGGAACAGAAAAUGGAUUUCUGUCCGGAACGAGUCGAUCUGAGUGGAUCACUCAGGGAGGCAGUAGCCUCGGCAACCGAAGCCUGGAUAGAGGCCAGUUUGACUCACUUGAGUCUAUCGCUGCAGCUCAGUUCCGUCACCGGAUUAACAGCUUUCGUCGAAGAUGAAUUAGUCGCACCAGUCGUUCCUCUUUUUAUCAACCUGCGUGACAUCGAGUGCACACUGAUAGAAGAUCGGCCUCCCAUUCGCGUGGGGGGACCGCCACCAUUUCCAGCUCCUCCAAUGGUCGUGCGUGUCAAACAUUUGCUCGUUCAGAGGAACCACUGUGGAGUCAUUUCUGUCGGCGUCAACGAAUCCAAUCCAAACCAUCUCGUUUCUCGCGUUGUAGGUGAAUCGUCGAAUCGGGACAUGAGGGAAGCUGCGCUCCGUUCCAGGAUCGAAGAACUUGAACGAGAAAAUGCCUCACUCAAUCAACGCCUCAGCAAUAAAACCAAUUGAAAAAAUCUAGUCGUCAAUCCCCAUUUAUAACCUUGCCUGGCCGUUUUCUGUUUGAUCCGUUUAGGCGUUUAGUCCUUGAAUUGUUCGCUACUCAUCGCAUCGAUCGACUCGUUUUUUUCCCCCAUAUUGUGUGUACGGUGAAGGCAUGUGUGUAUCAGUUGACGGGUUUUUCUAAUAAUUCGUUGUCCAGCUUGUGUCAUUCAAUUCCUCUUGUUCGGUAUGUUGUGGUUCCCGUUGCCCCUAUUAAAUUCGGGUGUUAAUGUGUUGAAUAAUCGCUUUUUCCCCUAUAUCAUUGUUGGGAUCUAUUUUCCUUUUCUCUUUCCUUGUUUUACGUUUUCGUUACCGUUUCUGCUAGUCGACAAACACACGUCGGCCCUAAAAAAACAAAGUGAACUGUUCGUUUGAGCCGUCCGUGUUUCAUAUGACAUUUCCCCUGUGCGGACGUACUCGGUGUGAGUUGCCGAUCGAUAGAAAGGACCCUGAAAAGAAUUUUACAAAAUCAAUAAAUAUUGUUCGACUCA